AAAAGAAGCAACUAGAAAAAUGAAGAUCUUCGGAAUCCUCGUGUUGAAGAAAGAUGGCGAUAAGGCCCAGAUUAUUGCAUCGCAUUAUGAUUUGUCUAGUUUUGGAUACUUCCAACGCGGCAGUGUACAGGAAUUUAUGAACUUCUCAUCGGUUACUAUCGGUGAGCGUACCCCACCUGGAACGAGACAAAGCGUCGAGGGAGAAAACAAUGUGGCUCAUGUGUAUAGCCAUCCUCAGGGUAUAGUUGGCGUAGUUAUGUCAGACAAAGAUUAUCCUUCACGUGUUGCCUUUUCGUUGUUGAACCGAGUUACGGAUGAAUUCUUGGUGAAAUACCCAAAUGCCACUAGACCAGUGAAUUACACUGAGCUGGAAGGUUACGUAGUUCGAUACCAGGACCCUAAAGAGGCUGAUCCUCUAAUGAAGGUUCAAAAUGAGCUGGAUGAGACUACAGAAAUUAUGCGCCAAACCAUUGACUCUGUGCUGAAACGCGGUGAAAAGUUGGAUUCGUUGGUGGAUCGUUCAGAGGCAUUAUCAAGUCAGUCCAAGAUGUUCUAUAAGACCGCCAAGAAAACCAAUGCUUGUUGCGUAGUGAUGUAAAAGAGGAAAAACAGAGUACACGGGAGAGGACGAUAACGAAAGAUAAUAUUUCAUAAGCUUCUUUGACUCCCAGCCC